AUGAACAUUUAAAAACUUGCCACAAACAACACAAAGAACACACUGGUACUUAUGCAAUCCAAACAACUAUUUAAGAGUAACAAGAAUGUAUCUGGUCUUUUAGAGAAUCAAAUGAGAAGAUUCUCAUUGAACUAGCAAAGACCAAACUAGCUUUUUGAGGAGGAGAAAUUAAAGGAGUAGGUGACUCUAAAUCAGCUUGAAAAGAGAGCUAAGUAUGAUAGAAUCUACUAGAGAUUCUUUGACGACAACAGUAUGUUCUCAAAGUUCAUGGGUCCCAGAUCUGAUAGCAAUGACGAUACUGCUGGUAGAUCGCCUAUGAGUACUUAUAAUCUCAGCAACUAGAUUAGCAACAAUAAGUUCAAAAUGCAACAAGCUUCAAGAGAUCUUUAAAAAUAUAUCGACCAACAACAUAUCUUAAACAAGGGUAAAUUGAUUAUUCCGUUGGCGCUUGGUGAAUUAUACAAGGACCAAUUAAUCGGAAAAUGGCUCGGAGGAAAGAAGUAAAUAUCAAUGUAUUUUCAAUAUAAAUUUAGAGAAACCAAAUCUGAAGAUGAGGUAGAGCCAAAGAAGAAAGAAGAAGGUGGUCUAGAGACUAAGGACAAGAAGACUGAGGAAGAAUUACAAGAGGAAGAUGAUGACAAGCAUUUCGAUGAUUGGCAAGGGGUUCAAAGGCAAGGUUAGAAAUCUGGCAGUGACUCUGAAAAUGAUGAAGAUGAAGAGGACGAUGAGAAUAAUGAUGAUGAUAUGGAUGGUGGUGUCAUGAUGCCAAUCCCUGUUUGA